ACAACCUACUCAAGUAUCUUGCGACAAUCACCGUUGCUCAUUCACAGCAUCCUUCCUACACACGACGCCACUAUGUCGACUGUCGCAGACGACCUCCUCAACGAUUUUGGAAGCUCCGGCGAUGAGGCCGAAGAAGAGCUCAACGACGGCCUCAUCAAGGAUGAAGAGGCAACCGCCGGCAACCGUGACGCCAUGGAGUUGGAUGGCGAUGCUGAGAGAAAGGUCGACGAAGAUUCGGAUGAUGGAUUGAACGACAGAGAAGAUUCCGAAGCAACAAAAGUAAAGGUCGAGAAGAUGCAACUUGGAGGAGUAAAGGAUGUUAGAAGCGUUGCCAGCCUCAUGCAAACGCUUGAACCAGUUCUCGAGCCCUGACGUAUUGCCUCGAACGCUACAGAGAAUCGCACAUUACCGAUCGCAAGCCGCGACGCAGAGUACCAAUGUCGGAAACAUCGAAGAUCAUCCCGAGUAUCAUCUUCUGACGCAGUCCAACAGCCUUUCAACCCAGAUCGAUGGCGAGGUUGUCCUCGUUCAUAAGUUCAUUCGCGACCACUACUCGACGAGGUUUCCCGAGCUCGAGCGACUUGUUACUACGCCACUAGAAUAUGCCAAGGUCGUUGCUAUCAUCGGAAAUGGUCCGUUGGAUUCGGAGAGUAUUAAGGCUCUGCAGACUUCGACUAACAACCCGCUUGGAAUAACACUCAAGUCCGUCCUUGAUGGGCCGUCACUCAUGAUAGUGACGGUCGAGGCCACCACAUCAAAGGGCCACGAGAUGACACCCGAAGAGCUUCAGCGCGUCUACAAGGCAUGCGAUAUGGUGAUUGCCCUCAACAAGGCCAAGCAGACUCUCGCCGAGUACGUGCAGUCGCGCAUGAACAUUUUUGCGCCAAAUCUGACAGCCCUUGUUGGUUCUCUUACGGCCGCCCAACUCCUCAACGCGGCAGGCGGACUGACAGGUCUCUCCAAGACGCCUGCUUGCAACAUCGCCUCUUGGGGAUCCAAGAAGAAGCACUCGGGGCUUGCUACGAAUAUAGGUGUUCGGCAGCAGGGCUACCUUUACAACUCGGAGAUGAUCCGAGGCAUUCCUACCGACUUGAAGAAGCAAGCCUUGAGAAUCGUGUCGGCCAAGCUAGUUCUGGCUGCCCGGGUUGAUCGCACACACUCCAGUCCGGAUGGAUCCACAGGGGAGGAGCUCAAAUCAGCAUGUCUUGAACGCCUUGAGAAGCUGACAGAGCCACCUCCCAACAAAGGACAGCGUGCGCUCCCUGUGCCAGACGAUAAGCCAUCCCGCAAGCGAGGUGGACGACGUGCUCGCAAGGCUAAGGAGGCUCUCGCUAUGACUGAUCUUCGUAAGCAACAGAACCGUAUGGCAUUUGGCAAGGAGGAAAGGGAGGUCGGAUAUGGCACUGGCGAGUCAACUGUUGGUAUGGGCAUGAUUGGUCAGUCCAACGACGGCCGCAUUCGCAGCACCCAGAUAGACCAGCGCACACGCGCAAAGCUCAGUGCCAAAAACAAGGGCUGGGGCGGAAACAGCACCGUGGGUGGUGCUGCGUCGUCUAUCGGUGGCUUUGGCCAAGCGUCUAAUAUUGAUCUACGAGGGCGCGGCUUACGAGCGUCGGGAGUUGGCAGCACCAUCGGUUCAGCAACCGGCAUAGCAUCAUCUUUGUCAUUCACGCCCGUCCAAGGUCUGGAGCUCGUUGACCCCAAGAUGCAGGCAGAACUCAGCAAGAAGCGCAAGGCCGAGGAGGACCGUUGGUUCAAGGGCGGCAGCUUCACACAGGUCGGAGGGUUGUCAGAUGGAAGCGUUUUCAAGGUGCCGGCGCUCCCAGCAGCCAAACGUGUCGAUACAGGCGCAACCAAAACGAAUACCUCGGCAUCAAAAUAAUUACGGCCUCAGUAUCAUUCCUACACCACGGCAACUUAGUGCUUCAGGGGUCACUGCGUGGCUUGGUUGUCAUGGGAAAGUUCAGGGUUGUCAUGGGAAAGCAAACAUUUGCAUCAUGAUGAUCAUGUAUUACUGUACAACGGCUUGCGGUUCGGGGAACCGGUCCUGUAACAACCCCGCGCGCAGGAUUACUACGGCGCUACCAACUACGACGAUCAGCGAGGAAUACGUUGGCAGAGUGUAAGGUAAGAAACAGGCGGGCAUUUCAUUCGGGCAGGCGUUUGGCGAGAACGGCGUUUCAGGGAGAGGAUCUAUGAAUCCCAGGAGCAGAGCAGAAUGGGAAAGUAAUUAGCACUCUAGCUCUGGUAGUUUCGAAUGGGUCUGACUGGUAAUUACGACAUGCUGUCCUUGAUCCGGAAUGUGAUUAAACACGAGACCGUAAUGUCGAGAAACCGGCUUAGAUAGAGCUCGAAACAAAGGCAAAGUCGUUAGUAGGUUCAAGUUUGCCGUGCAGUACUCCAUACAAGUCAGUAGUUGACACGGGCACCGGGGUGUCUAGUCCAAAAACGGGCUGGCCAAGGAAAAAUAUAAAUCACAAAUCUCGAUCGAUCGACAG